UAAUCAAUUAAGGCGUGUAAGCCAUUAUCUAGAUCUGGGAAUAAUGAACAUUUGUAUGAAUUCUGUGAUACAAAUUAUGUAAUGAAGCAGAGAGAAGAGUCUUUUGAACAAAUAUGUUAAUGAGAUGGCAGCUAAGGGAGAGGUUAUAGGAUUGCCAAUUCCAAAUCAAAGAUUUUAUGUCAUUUUCUUUUCUUUUUUUUACCCUUUUUCAUAGUCAUUAGUCUACACUACUUUUUAUGUGGUGCACAUUUUAAUGUGCUUUAAGGCUUGUUGCAGACUAUAUGAGAAAUACCAAUUCUAGGUCAAGAAUGCCUGGUCAGCAACACACACUGACUGAGAAAGCCCCACUGACUCAAUAUUCAUAAUGAGGGCUUUUAUGUAGAGAGUUGUUGGGCACAGGGUUUGUACUGAAAGGACUGUUCGUUCAGAGUCUGAAAAGCUUUUCUUGGAAAAAUAUCAGAUGUUCCACUGGGAACUUAGUUGAAAGAUACUCCUAAAGCAACAGAGUGGACUGUCAGUGGCUGUGAAAGUACUGACUGGCGGAAAAGCAGAGAGUAAGGAAGCAGUGAUGUUUGCUGAAUGCUGGAAAUAACUCUUUCAAUUUAAAUUCUAUGUAAACUUACAGUGCAUAACAUUAUUGUACAAGACCUCUUCUAGGCAUCAUUUUAAUGCAAGCUUCACAUAGAGGUAAGUUCUGCUCUAGCUGUUUUUUAAAAUGAGAUUUUCAAAAGCCCCUGUAGAAGACUGAUGUUUUUCUGCUGCCCUAGAAUGCCUUAAAGUCAGCUUAUUUAAUUUUUGUUUCUCAGUGCCAAGUAUUAGAGGUCUUACAGUCCUCAUUUAAUAUAAUUUUGUUAAACUUUUGUACCUCUGUGUGUUGCAUGGAGCCUGCAACACUGAAAUAACUUAAAAUUGAAACUGUGAAGAGUUUUUGUCUUGAGAGGAAUUGCAGCUACCUAGAUCAAAUAGAUUGCUUUUUAAACAAGCAAACUGUACUUGUAUACUUGGGCAGCAUCUGAACUAAAGGCAGAAAAUACAUUUAUCUGUAAUUCAAUGUAUAACCUGCUGCCUGUAAAGCCUCCUUGUCACAAACAGUUCAUCUCCAGCAAUAAUGAGAAUAAUUGGUAUGAAUGGCAUGUAGUGAUAAGAAAAAUCAGAAAAGUAGCUUCUAUACUAAAUUUUUAUUUUUCAUUUUUCCUACCUGGAUGGUUGAUCCUGGAAUUCCUGCUUCCCAAAAAGAUUUGACAUAUAGUCCCUUUCUACUAACCCAAACAAUGCAGGCCAGUGUUUGUUUAUGAGCCUCCAGCAGUGUCCCACUUCUGAGUGAAACUUUUUACAGUGACUCGCAUUGUAUGUAAAUGCCAUUUCUGGUAUUUAUAAUACAAAAAGGAAGAUCACAAGGCUCUGCAUGUUGUUGACAGUGUUGCUAAGUUCAUCUAUGAAUCUGCUGUCUCUAAAGCAGCUGACUGUUUCUGCCUCUGUCACUAUUCCCACUCAAGCUAUAACAGGCCCAGUCUCUCGAGCUGGCUCUAGAGCUCACUGAACACUUCUCUGAACAUAUUCAGCUCACUAACUCAGCAGAAAACUCUGCUUUUUUUGUUGGGUUCAUUUUGUGCCACAUCAAUCAAUUGAGAGAAGACUCCAAUGAGUCCCAGUACAACUGGCUAAAAAACUGCAGGUUGUGCCAUCAGGUGAGCUUGGCCAGUUGCUGGAAAUGAUGGGCCAUAAAUUUGGAUUUUCUGAACUCAAUUUAUCCCUCCCUUUCUCCUUCCAAAGGUACCCCCUUCUGCUAAACAUUCAGUAUAUGAACAGCAGAAGAUACUAAAUCAUAUUUACACUGGUCUGUCAGACAAAGUGAAUUCUAUUACUAAACCACUAGAGUUAACUCCUACCAUUUUCUCAUUCAAGUGCUUUUCUUUGUUGAUUAGGGAGUAUUUUUCACUGGAGACUGGACACAGGAAUGCAGGUUUUGGCUGAUUCCUCACUUUCUGCUAGUCUCUGUGCUGGUGUGAAGUUUCCCCUCUGUUGAAGAUGGCCUCGACGUGCCCACGGCCCCUGCUGAGGUUCCGGUCCUUCGCCAUCCUCUUUCUCGCACCGCUGCUGCUGCUGCCGCUGCCGAUCGCUGUGCCCACGCGGGAAGCCAAAUGUGCAUAUAUCAUCAUCAUCAUGGCUGUGUACUGGUGCACCGAAGUUAUCCCACUGGCUGUUACUUCCCUAAUGCCAGUUGUAUUUUUCCCUCUGCUUGGAGUUCAGAGCUCUAAAUCAGUGUGUUUGCAGUAUCUAAAUGACACAAAUAUGCUCUUUGUUGGAGGGCUGAUAGUUGCAAUUUCUGUUGAACGGUGGAAUCUUCACAAAAGGAUUGCGCUGAGAGUCCUGCUGAUACUUGGGGUGAAGCCUGCACUCCUCAUGCUGGGGUUUAUGAUAGUCACUGCCUUCCUGUCCAUGUGGAUAAGUAACACAGCAACCACUGCUAUGAUGGUUCCCAUUGUUCAGGCUGUCCUGGAUCAAAUGGACAAUACAGAAAAUGAUGUGACCAUGAUGGAACAAGCAACUGGCCAAACAAAUACAGUGAUUGAGCUGGAGGAAAAGAAUGCAUCAGAUUCCACUCCAGUGCAGGUCAUAAGCAAUGGACAAGUUCCUGAUGGCACCAGAUCUUCUGAGGAAAAGAAAAUGAAGAAACGUAUAUGUAAGGGAAUGACACUGUGUGUGUGCUAUGCUGCCAGCAUUGGAGGAACUGCAACACUGACUGGAACAGGGCCAAACAUGGUGUUGAAAGGACAGAUGAAUCAAUUAUACCCCAACAAUAAUGAUGUUGUGAAUUUUGCUUCCUGGUUUGGAUUUGCCUUUCCAAACAUGAUUCUGAUGUUGGUAUUAGCAUGGCUUUGGCUUCAGUGCUCUUUCAUGGGAUUCAACUUUAAAAAAAGCUGGGGAUGUGGGACAGUGAGAACUGCUAAAGAAAAAGCUGCAUACAACGUGCUGAAAGCAGAAAUGAAGAAAUUAGGCCCUAUCUCUUAUGCUGAAUUCAAUGUCCUCGUAAUGUUUGCUUUGCUGGUUGUCUUGUGGUUUUCCAGACACCCAGGUUUUGUAAAAGGCUGGGCUAGCAGGCUCUUUCCAGAAGGAGAAAAAUAUAUCACUGAUUCUGCUCCUGCUGUGUUUAUUGCCCUGCUACUGUUUAUCCUUCCUGCUAAUAAACCCAAAUUCAUAGGCUGGAAUUCAAGCACGUCUGACACUGAACAGACUGAAGAAGAUAUUAAAAAGCCAUUUUUAUCAGCCCCACUGCUAGACUGGAAUGUGGUUCAGAGGAAGAUGCCCUGGAGCAUUGUGCUGCUGCUGGGAGGAGGUUUUGCCUUGGCUGAUGCAAGCGCAAACUCUGGACUUUCAGCUUGGCUGGGUCAUCAGAUGACUCCAUUAGGAUCUAUUCCACCCUGGUCCAUUGCAACAGUACUUUCCCUUAUUAUAGCAGUCUUCACCGAAUGCACCAGUAAUGUUGCCACAGCCACUCUCUUCCUACCUGUCUUUUCAUCCAUGGCUACAUCUGUCAAGAUUCACCCUUUGUAUGUUAUGCUGCCGGGUACUCUGAGCGCUUCCUUUGCUUUCAUGCUGCCUGUUGCAACACCUCCAAAUGCAAUAGUGUUUUCCUAUGGCCACAUCCGGGUUUUGGACAUGGUUAGGUCUGGAAUUGUAAUGAACAUCAUUGGAGUGUUCUGUGUCACACUGGCAAUCAACACAUGGGGAAGACCUAUAUUUGAGCUGGACACAUUCCCAACAUGGGCAAACAGCACAACUAAUCAGUGAGCAAUGAAGAAUUCAUGUUAUACAAGAAAAGGCUCCUUAAUCCUAUUCCCUGUUGCCUGAAACAUAUAGAGCCUUGUCACCAUUUCAGAUCCAAUAUUAGCUGCUACCUUCUGGGAGUCACACAUCAGAUCAAGUAUGGACCAACUCAUUAGAGUCAUGCUGGAGACAAAUGUGCUGUUUAAUUAUGCAACCCUAAGGAUGGUAUGUUUGGAUCAUAAGUAUGGUCAAGUGAUCCAUUGCAUUUUCAACCAAGGUCAAGAUUUAGAAUUUAUCUAACUUAUUAAAUAAAAAGAGGGUAAGCUGUUGUAUCA